AUAUUGUGACAGUAUCACGGGUUUAUCCCUACUAUUUCUCAUUUUCCCGCGUAUUCUGUCAAUCUAGUGAUCACUAUUAGUGUAUUCAUCGCUGAUAAACACAAAUGUCAGGUUUUUACGCGAUAUCAUCGACAUAAUAUCAAAAAUUACGUACCACUGGUGGGUGUAUCUUGUUUGUACAUUGAAUUACUCCAUUUUUAUUUCGACUCAUAAAAUUGCUAAUAGUCGAGAGGUUAUGGUGGAUACACAACGACUUGUGGAAUUCAUGUGGUGUUGAAUUGUGAUUUAACCAGAGAAGAACAGACACAAUAUUGGGAUUCACGAGAAUCAUUUCUGAGAUGAAAGUCAUGGACGUGGCGAUGGACACAGUUGAUGAGUCCGUUCCAAAACAAAAAAAACUUAAACAAGCUCGAUUGCCAUUUCAAAUGCUUACCUCGCCCCUCUCUAACACAUCGUCAACAAAAAAGCGAAAGCUCUCGUCGCCCUCACCCACGAAUUACAAGAGUCCAAAGGUCUCGAAACUUGAUAAAAAAGAGAAUAGCUCCAAAUCACCAGAAACUAUAGAGAUAGAUGUAAAAUCUGAUAGAGAGGAUAAUGAGUUAAGCAUCGAUGUAUCAGGUUCUCCGGACACAGUGUCAGGUUCUAAGGACAAGAGGAUUGAACCCAAGCACUCGAUGAAACCAGGAGCCCUGACAAGGCUCUUGAAGAAAGUGGCAGCAGCAGCAAGUCCGCCAAAACUCACUCCAGUGAUUAUACUCGAUAAAUGUGACGAUAAACUUUUGGAGAAGUCACUGGCGUCUGUUGCAGUGACAUCUAGCCCUGGACAAUCCACAAAAAAUGAUGAGUCGAGUAAUGAUACCCUGGCUGAGCCUCUCCCCACGUCUGAGGAUGAUGAUGAUGACAACAGCAAGGAGAAGAGUCACAAUUCAGAGUCAGAUACUGAGACUUCAUCAUCAGAGGACGAUAAAAAGUCGAAUGAUGAGAAGAAUUCCUCUGAUAAUUUAUCAAAAACUCCAACUCAAAGCAAGACUGGCGAUAUUCCUCUCAAGAAGAGAAGACUAACUCCGAAGCAGAUAGAGAAACGACUGGAGAGUGCUAAGAAAAAGGAGGAGCGUUUGAAGGCGAAGACGGAGAGGGAACUCCAGAGGAAUGAGGAGAGAAUAAAACGGAGGAAAGAACAGGAGGAGAAAAAAAUAGCGAGGAAAGCCAAGGAGGAGGCGGAAAAGGAGGUUAAGAGAAAAGAGAAGGAGCAGAAAGAGUUGAAGAAGCAGUUGGAGAUUGAGCAGAGGCAGAAGGAAAAGGAGCGAAAGGAGAGGGCCAAGGAGGAGGAGAAAAUGAAGAAGGAGGAGGAGAGGCUUGAGGCUGAGCGUAAGAAGCAAAAGGCUGCGUCGACAUUCGCUAGUUUUUUCGUUGCCAAGAAGCUGGAGAAUAGCAAGGCCAUCGAUGAGGAAAAAAUUGUUGAUAUGGUUAGCAAUUUCAUGCCUUUUCAAAUUAGAAAGGACAUGAAAGUUGCACCCAUCUGCAGGCGGUCCAUUGGGAGUGAGGAUAAAACAGCUGUUGAUGAGUGUCUCAGGGAUCAUGAGGAAAUUAAUGAGCUCUAUAUUCAGGAGAUUAAGAAGAUGGGCUGGAGGGCGAGGACCUCUGGUAAGACCUGGCCAGCUGACGAUGUGGCUAAGGACGAUAUUGUGAUUGUUGAGGAGGAGGAUGGAGACUCGAGCAUUGUUAAUGAGCCUCAGAGGAGUGAAAAGUAUCGAGCUAAAUUAUUGCUGUUCAAGGAAAACAGGAGGCCCCCCUAUUGGGGCACUUGGAGAAAAAAGAGUUGUAUUAUUAAUCCCAGGAGACCCUUCACCAAGGACACUAAAUGGUUUGACUACGAGGUUGACUCGGAUGAAGAGUGGGAGGAGGAAGAGCCUGGGGAAUCGCUCAGGGGCUCGGACGAUGAGAAAGACGAGGAGAAUCCGGAUGACAAUGAAUAUGAUGUUGAUAAUGAAUUCAUGGUGCCUCAUGGCUAUCUCUCGGACGAGGAGGGACAGGGCGAUGAGGAGGACGAGGAGGAAGUGCCUCCAGAGCUUCAAAAAGACAAACUCAAAAUUCUUGAAGAGGAGUUUGAAGCAGAAAUGAAGACAAAAACCUCGAGGAUAAAGCCUAAAGUUGUUGGAUGCGUCUGGCAAGGGCUUAUCAAUUCUUAUCCGGAGAACACUCCUGCACAUAUCAUGAAUUAUUUGAUGGCACGUCAGGCCUGGGUGAAGACUACUCCAAUAGCCUUGAUUCCACCGGUAGAGUCUGAGGCUCUUGCUCCGGAUAAUAUUCACAAGAAGAAUCUCCCUGAAGAAGCUGUGCCCGAUCUGAUUCGACUGAUUCACGGAAAUAUUCAUGGCCGGCCAUUUCUGGUGAAAGAAUUUAUGACGUACUGGCAAAAAAAUCGAGGCGAGCUCGACAUAUCAUUCACAAAAGCCAGUGUUGGUCGCAAGAUCAAGGAACUGUCGAAGAGAAUUCCCUGCCCCGACGAGGGCCCAAUGCACCUCAAGACCUGCUGGUACGUCACCGAGGAGAUCCGCAGAAAAUAUACCCUGGAUGAUCUCUCAAUUCCGAAUCAGUGGAGGUAUUCUCUCACUCCCAAGAGGAAGACGUUGACAGAGGCACCAGUGAUCGAUAAAAGUGAUAAAGAGGGAAAGGAAAAAUUGAGGGAUGGAGAGCAGAAGAAGUCUGCUCCCCUCAUCACAAUGUUCACUAAAAAAAUAACACCAGAGGAGAUGCAUAAGCAGCUCCAGGUGAAGCCCUCAGUGAGUUCGAAGCAAGGAAAUCCUCUGAACAGGCCACCAAAACGAGCAACCCUCAUCUCUGUACCCAGGGUGGAGGUUGUACCUUCUAUUUUGACAGCUUUUUCCAAGAUCAAUGGGAGGCAGUCAUUGGGAAAGGCUGAAGAGCCCAUCACAAUAUCAGAUGACGAGAGCAGCGGGGAAAAUAGUGCUGGCAAUUUAAAAGGUGAUGGGAGUGAGAGGAAAAUUAUUUCGGACAGUCCGGAGAACCAAGAGGAAAUAGUGGAGAUUAAAAAAUAGGACUUACUCGUACAAUUCAGAGACUAUACGACAGAACGAGCCUAUUAUUUUUUUUUCUAUUUUUUUUAAAGAUAUCUUGAUACUGGAAGCCCUCGGAGAAGAUACAUAAGAAAGUAUUUUUAGUAAUCGAUGAAUUUCGUGUUGAAGUCUCACCUGAAAAUUGUGGGAUCUCAGUGCAUUGCAUUGCGUGUGAGCUUGCAAUUGAACUAGAGACUUGAUCCCCCCCCCAUUUUGGUACGGGGGCAGGCCAUCGGUGGGAAUCAAUGCGAUUAUUAUCGUAUCUCCCUCUGGAGUAAUCGAGUAAUAAAUCGCAAAACUUGGGCAACUCGAUGUUUUCUCUUUGAGUUGUUUGGGUUUUAUCUUCAUAUUUUUAUUUAGCUCCGCGUCAAUGCAACUGAUUGGUGGAGAAUCAAUCCUUGCAUACGGUUAUUGUAGGACUCACUGAAUUUAUAUCGUAUGUUAUUCGUUGAAAAAUUUUGGACACUAGAAUAUCACUCGUAAGUCUCAGUAUCUUGUCGACGUUUAUAUUCAAUGUUUCAUUCGAUAUUUCAUAUAUUAUAGAUCCUUAUUGCUCGGGCUGAUUAAUCCUCGUCAAGUGCCUUCAAUAUUUUUCACGGCCUUUUGUGAUACUCUUUAUUUUGAAAAUUAUCUGCCUUACGUUGAAUAGAAUAUGUAUUUAAUGAGUAAUUAAUGUUGUCCAUUUUUUGAUAAUUAGUAUUUAAUAAAGAACAUG